UAAAAUAACCAUAAUGCAAAACAUCAAAAACAACAAAUCUGACAGUCAAAUCUCGCUCGUAACUCCCAUUAUGGUAUAUAUGCUUCUUUUUACGCUCCUAAAUUCCAAUAUUUUUCGAAUCGACUUCAUCAAGACCGCGCACGUGCUUAGUCACACGCGAAAACAAAUAGUACUAAUUACGACAGUGUUGAUUAGUGCUUAAAAGGCCAAUACUUACUGAGCAGAAUCGCAAAGCAUUUCUCGCUAGUCGUCAAAGUCCAUCAUAUCGACGGGAGUUCGAUUUUCUGGUGAUUAUUGGCCGUUUGGUUUCAAAUGAAACUAAGAAUAAAUGGAUUUUCCGCUGUUCAUGACGACUAUUGAGUCUGUAUUUAAUGUUUGUAUUGUUUCAUUAGUUAAAGUAGUUAAUUGUCGUGCACUGUUAGCUAGUUAAAAUCUAUUCAUUCAAAACACAAAAGUCAAGAGAUGAAUAAGAUAAGAAAGAAUGAAUAACCAGCCUCGAACAGUCAUUUCUGAUCUACUGUCGAACGACAAGACACGAGGAAAACAUGGUGGCCUUUGUUGUGUACGUGGCGCUGCUUUUUAACUUGGCUUGGGGAGCUUCCCUACCCGAUUUGCAGAAACGCAUCAUAGGUGGUGAGCAAGCAAAGGCAGCAAACUUUCCAUGGUUAGUUGUUAUUGACUUGGAGAGUUUGCCUGAUGAACCCUGUGGAGGCGCCAUUAUUGGAGAUGAUACGAUUCUUACCGUGGCUCAUUGCUUUGCGAAGGUCAAUGCUUCAGAGAAAAUCACCGUAACAGUUGGAAUGGCGGAUAGAGAUAGUCGCGCACCCAACCAAAAAGUUUACAAAGUUAAGAAAUUCRUUUCACACAAAGACUACAAAGAASAUUGGAUAGGCGAACGUGAUUAUGACAUUGCCAUAGUCCAGGUCGACACCAAGAUAACUAUGAAUAAAGAYGUUCAAACUAUUCAACUUCCAAAGAAAGGAGGCCCUAAAAUUACCAAUGGUACCACUUGCACUUAUGCCGGUUGGGGGACACUUUUCUUCAAUACUUCAGACCCUAAAAACCUCCAAUGGCCACAGUUUCCUCAAAAAGAAGAUGUACCCAUCAUCAACAGCGAUGAAUGCUUUUGGCAAUAUCUUUUUGAAUAUUUUGCCGAAGUCAAAUCAGAAAUUAUGGUUUGUACGGGAGGAAGUGCUGCCCCCUGUGAAGGCGAUUCCGGGCUUCCUCUAGCGUGUAAGGAGGAUGGUGAGUGGGUCUUGAGGGGUGUCGGGAGUUGGUCACGUGGCGGUUGCAAGCCUUCGGAGUAYUCCAUAUUUACCCGAGUCAGUGCUUUCGUUGAUUGGAUCAAAAACGCUCAGUCUGAUUGACAGCACUUACCGAAUGGUAUAUGAUGACGUCAUCGCUGGGAUGGCCAUCUAGCUGCAGAACUAUAAAAGUAAUUAAAAGUAGUUAGUAUCGGUUAACUAGUAGUUAGUAUGAAAUAAAAUGUUAUAAAACUGUAUAUGUGCUGUUUCUUUUGCUCGACGACCGCCUACCUCUACGGAAGUAAUAAUSUGUUUGAAAUAAAGUACAACUUACUCCGCAACUUCCCGGRACGAAAGAGUCUGGUUCUCUCUCGCAUAGGCCGUAGCUUGGAGCUUCUGAGGUGACGCACUCCCUUUUUGGGUAUCUGCCCAGUCAGUAUUUCCAAUUGCGACUACUGAGGAAAAAUUCGCAAGUCUGCUAUCUUGUUCACCUGAAACCACUUUACAUUUUUUUACGUUUAUACUUCGUGGUCAAAAGUGACAAAAAUAGAAAUAAAAGUUAAAAUUAUGAUAAGCUAUUAGUGUCAUAAGAAACAAGCAUAAUUUAAUCCUGACCAAUAAAAGAAGCUUCUUCUUGGGUCAACACAAUUAUAAAGAGGAAGACACUUACUUAAUCCAUUAGUCCAUUAAAAAAGAGAAAAAAAAGAUAAGCAAAAAA